CAGAUACCACGUAAAUGAAAUUAGAUGGUGAAUCAAUGGGGACGUGUGCCAUUAGUCUGUGACCAUUUUGCGUCAGUGCCAUUCGAGAAAUAGUUUAAUUAAGAUUAAAGUUAGAUUAAGCGUGUACUUUAAAAUUGCAAUAAAUUGAGGAAAAAGAGGCAUGGAAAAUGAAUGAAUGUUCAGCUUUUAACCGAUUUUUAAACGGCUAAUUUUUCUAAAACGUAAGCGAUGCAGUCAUUUUACUGCAUAUGUUAUUUUAUAUAAUCUUUAUUCAGCAAUCUCACAGGGGGUCCAUAGUGCAUACACCAACAAAAAUAAUUAUGUUGUUAUUAACAUCUUACCUGAAUCAACGCCUCUGAAUCCACGCCUCGUUUGUACGAUUUUUUUUUAAAUCAAACUUUCUAAACCCGUCAAGACUUCAGCGAGUUAAGUGUAAGAUAUCGGGCCCUCCUGAGGAGCCCCCGAUGCAAGAUGGCCGCCAGUUGCUUACGCCACCAAGUAAGCCUUUAGUCAUCUGGCCUUAUUUGGGAUGUCUGUGUUUGCUAGCCUCUUCCGCGUGAGGACGUCUAGCACCCUGAUUGGCUACUUCCUCCGUGGCUAGGCAACCAGCGGAGGAGGCAUUAGCAACCAAUCUCGUCAGCAGAGACCUAUCCACAACUGCUAGCAUUUGUUUUUAUUCCGCCCAACGUCCAUUAUUUUUCCACCUUUCAACAUGUCGUCGACGACUCUCCCGCUGCUCUUCAUCAACCUGGGCGGAGAAAUGCUUUAUAUCCUGGACCAGAGGCUACGAGCACAGAAUAUCCCUGUCGACAAGGCGAAGAAAGUUAUGAAUGACAUCAUCACAACCAUGUUCAACAAGAAGUUUCUUGAAGAGCUCUUCAAGCCUCAAGAGCUUUAUUCCAAGAAGGCACUCCGCACCGUCUUCGACAGACUUGCCCACGCGUCCAUCAUGAGGCUCAAUCAAGCCAGCAUGGAUAAGCUGUACGACUUGAUGACCAUGGCCUUCAAGUACCAGGUUCUCCUGUGUCCUCGACCUCGGGACAUACUCCUGGUUUCCUUCAACCACAUGGACGCUAUCAGGGAAUUUGUCAAGGACACGCCCUGCAUUCUUGCCCAGGUGGACAACACCUUUCAGCAGCUCAUCAAGAUGUACACACCGUUGCCAAGCGGUGAAUUCCAGCUGAUUAGACAAACACUUCUCAUCUUCUUCCAGGACAUGCACAUAAGGGUAUCUAUUUUCCUAAAGGACAAAGUGCAGAACUCCAAUGGUCGAUUCGUGCUCCCAAUCAGCGGUCCCAUUCCCCAUGGAACACAAAUCCCGGGCGUGAUAAGGAUGUAUAGCUGUACUGGAGAGGAGACGAGCACAGUGCUGUUCAACAAUGCCGGUAAUUACGCUCCCGCUGUCUGCGAAGGAUCCUUCGAGCUUUUCGGCGACAGGAUCACCAAACUGGGCAACAACAUGUACAGCGUGUGCCGUCCAGUGGAAACUCAUAUGUCAGGAACCUCCAAGCACUCAUCACAGAAUACAAAGGUCAAAUUGGCUCCCAACCCUCUGGCUAAAGAGGAGCUAAACCUGUUAGCCACGCUAAUGGGAGGCUUGGACGUCCAGAAGAAUGCAGACAGUGGCUUCCGGGUUAAUCUUUUCGCUACAGACGAGGAGGAAGAGGAGGCAUUAAUAUCCAGACCAGAUGAGCUGUCUUACGGAUUUAUAAACAUCCAAGCUACAAAGGAUCAAACCGCCAACGCCGAGCUGGCCAAAAUCAUGGGCGAGUUCAGUGAGCCUCAGGAGUCGCCUGAUCAAUCCCCGAGUGUCAGCAGCAAAGGAGACGACCUCCUAGCCAUGAUGGACGGUCUGUGAUGCCUGCGGACACCCCGUGGGAUGGACCGCAAUACGUUGUCUGCACCAGCAAAACAGAUGCUGUGAUACAGAAAACUUUCAGGUGCUUCUUGGGAAUUGACCCACUGAAAAACUGGCAUUGAGUGUGCGGAGAGACCAGCAAGUACCCCUAAACCAACUAAAUUUAUAGUGGCGCAUUGCUGAAUUGGAGGACAUUUUAGGCACCAACAUUUUUUAAAAAUGGACAUUUUAUUUUAGCACUUUGUUAUGUUUACAAGAAAACAUUCUUUUUCGGGGAUACUCAGUCAUAAGAUAUGCUAUCCACUCGAAAACGCGAAAAUGCAAUGUCAACAUUUUACAUUGUACGUAUACGUAGUAUACGAUUUCAUUUCUUUCUUCCAGCUCCCAGCAAAUUUCACAUUAAACACAAGUUUCUUACUUCUUCCGUAUUUGGAAGGAUGGGAAAACCCAAGUGCUCUUUUAUGACAUGUUUGUAAUCCAAUACGCCAUUGCUGAUGAUGGACGUCCAAUUAAUUUCAUCUGCUAUCGCUGCCAGCCUUCGCGGUUCAAAUGGAUGGGACGUCCAUCACCAGCAAUGUCAGCCAGUGAGUUAAAUGCUGUAAUUAUGACGUCAAUGUCCUUGCUCAGGAGCGUGAUAUGUCAUUUUACAUGAUAUAAUUAAUAUAAGGGAGCUUGAUGUUGAUGGCUAAUUGCAUUUACUUAGCGUGUAAAUAUGUGUAUUUCAUAGUUUUAUUUAUUGGAUUUUAUGUAUCGUUUUCUGUGAAUAGACAUGCAUAUUUCUGCAAUUAACAGUUCCAAAAAUAAAAGUUGUUUUUUUACUGAUGU